GUUCGUUCUCUUCUUUCCCCUUGCACCAUCUUGCAAUUGGACUAAGUAUCUUCCGAGAUCAUCGCCACGACCUUUGUACUAGACUUAUAUAUUUCCUCAAGACCUGACGGCAACAACAAGCACAAUGACUCCUCCGCCAGCCAAACGCCAGAAGCGCGAUGAGUAUCGCAAGCAGGCGACCGCUGCGAACCCCGAGGGCAGCAGCGAGACCGGCCUCCCCACUCGGGUCAAGCUGCCCAAGAAGAAGUUCUACCGUCAACGGGCGCACGCAAACCCCUUCUCGGAUCAUCAGUUGCAGUAUCCCCUCAGCCCGGCGCACAUGGACUGGGCCUCGCAUUUUCCCGCAUACGUGAACCCUGAUCCGACGCAGACGAAUCUGGCUGGCACCCGCAAGCUGUUGAAGGAUGUGGAGAUCGUGGAUAUUGGGUGUGGAUUCGGUGGUUUGCUGGUUGGUCUUGCGCCAUUGCUGCCGGAGACUUUGAUGGUUGGCAUGGAAAUCCGCGUCUCCGUCCUCGACUACCUGACCACCCGUAUCCAAGCCCUCCGCGCCCAACAACAGCAACUUCAAUCCAACCAGUCCUCCACCUCAACCUCCAACACGACUACCACAGACACUACUCAAGCUGCGACAGAAGCCCCCGAAGCCUCCGCGACAGCAGCAGAGGAGGCCUCGACCACCCCCUCAAUGGAGACCGACACCCCCACUGAAACCCCCACCACCAACAACGAUCCCAACACUGACAACACCACCGACACCACUACAAUUGUCCCCGGCGGAUACCAAAACAUCACCGCGAUCCGCAGCAAUACCAUGAAAUUCUUCCCCAACUUCUUCGCCAAGCACCAACUCUCCAAGAUCUUCAUCUGCUUCCCGGACCCCCACUUUAAGGCCCGCAAGCACAAGGCCCGCAUUGUCUCCGAGACCCUCAAUGCCGAAUACGCCUACGCCCUGCGGCCCGGCGGCCUGCUGUACACCAUCACCGACGUCGAGGAGUACCACCACUGGGUGCUCCGGCAUUUCCGCGAGGGCGAGGACGAGGAGUCCGUCCACGGCGCCGCCGGCUCCGUCAAGGAGCUGUUCGAGCGGCUGACCGACGAGGAGCUGGCCCAGGAUCCCUGUGUGCGGGUCAUGAGCGAGGAGACCGAGGAGUCGAAGAAGGUCACGCGCAACAAGGGGAAUAAGUAUGUCGCCGUUUUCCGGAGGAAGGAGGAUCCAGUCUGGCCUGCCUAGGUUGUUCCGGUGGAGACAUUGGACAGCGAGCGGUGGGUGAGUUGGGAGUUGAUCCAUUCUCUUCUUGUUCUUCUUCUUGGCAAGAGGCGGAUUGGGUGUUAGAUGGUUAGAUAAAAAGUUUAUAUAGAUGAAUUGUAUAUGCUUGG